AUGGGACACGCCCAGAUGGGCCACACCCAGCUGGGCCACGCCCAGAUGGGACAUGCCCAGAUAGGAAACGCCCAGAUAGGCCAUGCCCAGACGGGUCACGCCCAGAUAGGACACGCCCAGAUAGGACACGCCCAGAUGGGACACGCCCAGAUAGGCCAUGCCCAGAUAGGACACGGCCAGACAGGCCACGCCCAGAUAGGACACGCCCAGCCAGGCCACGCCCAGAUGGGACACGCCCAGAUAGGCCACGCCCAGAUAGGACACGCCCAGAUAGGACACGCCCAGAUAGGACACGCCCAGCCAGGCCACGCCCAGCCAGGCCACGCCCAGACGGGACACACCCAGAUAGGACACGCCCAGAUAGGACACACCCAGCCGGGUCACGCCCAGAUAGGACACGCCCAGAUAGGACACGCCCAGAUAGGACACGCCCAGAUAAGUCACGCCCAGACAGGUCACACCCAGCUGGGCCACGCCCAGAUAGGACACACCCAGACAGGCCACGCCCAGAUAGGACACGCCCAGCCGGGUCACGCCCAUCCAGGCCACGCCCAGGCGCACCUGGCGCAGGUGGGAGGGGGGCGGAGCACCUGGCAGGGAGUGCUGAUUGUACCUGGGGAAGGGGCGGGGCUGAGGCUGCAGGUGGCGGAGGUGGCGGGUGUGACAGGUGUCACUGGUGUCACUGGUGUCACUGGUGUAGGUGUGACUGGGGUGACAGGUGUGACAGGUGUGCGGCAGGUGGAACAGGUGUAG